AUGUCCGCUUCCGACGGUCCUCCCCCGCCAAAAACAGCGGCCGCAAAGUCGGCCGGGGCGUACUUUUUCUUGUACUGGGUUGGUUUGUGUAUGCACAUGGCGCUGAUGAUCAUCGGCUGCCUCGCGUACACUGGUGGUGGAAACCGGGAGGACCUCUCCGUUCGGAUUACAUUCACCACCAUUAGUCAACAUGUACAACGGGCAUUCAUCGCAAUGGCCGCCGUCAGUAUACUUCUCGAGUCGUAUCUGUCGUUUGCAGCCCUCAUUUAUGUCUACCGGCUGAGAGGACUAAACUACGACGAAGACGACCUGUUCCGAGCGAUACGCGUCAUCAACUUGGGCUGUAUUCCAUGGCAUAUUUUCUGCGUUGUUGUCUUCGGUGUCCUCUUGGGUCUUGCGUCAACCUACGUGCCGCUUCUAUCAUCAGAGUUAUCUGAAUGCAAUUCAUACGGUGAUGAGCUAACGCAGUGUCCCAUGGUCAAUGGCACAUGGAUCUUGGCCAUAUUCUACUGCUUGUGGCACGCCAUGCAGCUCCUCGUCGUUUUCCGGUUCCGCAAUCGCCUGGUGCACUUUGUCCCAGAAGAUGAAGACGGCGGUUACGAAAUUCUCCCGCAGCCUGCCACACAAACUUCCGCGGCUCCACGGCCCAAGGGUUCCCGCCCACCAUCCUACCGGUCAAACCUGGAUAACCCACCGAAUUAUACACCGGUGUCGUCGGCAAAUGGGGUAAAGUAUCAAGCUGUCCUUCCUCCGCCUAGCGCUGGCAAUUCGAGGAUGUUCACCGUGGCCGAACGAGACUGA